AUGGCACCGGAGGACUUGGAAAAGACGACCUUCGUCAACCUGCUGGGGAUGUUAUGCUACAAAGUGAUGUCCUUCGAGCUUAAGAACGCUGGGGCAACCUACCAGCAGGCUAUGAUAGCAUUAUUCCACGAUAUAAUGGACAAAGAAAUUAAAAACAUGUUGCGCCUUGGUAUGGGCAGCCCACCGUCUAAGGCAAUACAUGCUAAGCUCCACCACUUGGCUGGUAUCCAAGAUGGACCUAGUCAAGUGAUAAAGGGAAGCACCUUGGCAGAUUACUUAGCUCAACAGCCCAUCAAUGAUUACCAACCUAUGCCUCCAGAGUUCUCGGACAAGGACAUCAUGACCUUGUUCGAGGAGGAGGUGGAGGAUGAAGAUAGGGACAAAUGGAUAGUGUGGUUUGACGGUGCAUUCAACGCACUAGGCCACAAAGUAGGGGCGGUUUUGCUUACUCAGGAUGAUCAAUGCAUACCCUUCACGGCUAGAUUGGGCUUUGACUGCAAGAACAACAUGGCUGAGUAUGAGGCAUGCGCCCUUGGGAUCCAAGCAGCAAUUGAUUUCAAGGUCAAAUUGCUCAAAGUAUAUGGAGACUCAGCCUUGAAACUGACCGAGUUCUUCGACGACAUAUCCUUCCACCAUAUUCCCAGAGAGGAGAAUCAAAUGGCCGAUGCGCUUGCCACUCUAUCAUCCAUGUUCCAGCUAACCCCGUAUGGGGACUUGUUGUACAUCGAAUUCAGAUGUCGCGGCAAGCCCGCGCAUUGCUGCUUGAUAGAAGAGGAACAAGAUGGUAAAUCGUGGCACUUCAAUAUCAAGUGA